AUGCGCAUGGAGACAGUGGAGGCAUGGCGGGGUGCCAUGCUACCAGCCAUAGCACGCACCUCUCCCCUGCGCUCCCUUGUGCCUGACCUCGUCUCGCCUCUGCUUUCUGUCAUCUCAGCCACCCCCAUUCGCCCAGUGGCGGGGCAGCUAUUAACCCCGUGGGAGAAGGCCGCGCUCGCACAGCUCGUGGCCACCAUGCUUGACUAUGGCCUCUCCUACCGCCACGCGCACCAGCUGCCCUGGCACCGCCGUGCUUUUGCUGCUGGUUCUGCUGGUGGAGGGGAAGGGGGGGUUGGUGGUGGUGGAGAUGGGUACAUGGGCGGCCCUGUUCUGGAUCCUCCGCUCACGGAGUUUGUUGUGUUUGAGCCUCAUCAAGAACCGCAAGCUGCUGCGCCGCCACAAGCUGCCAAUGGUAUCUCACAGAGCAGCAAGGGGAAGGGUACCCAGGAAGGUGAUGGUCAGGCCAAGGAGAAUGGAAUCCCUAUGGAAAGUAAAGCUGUGAAGCCGCAGGAUGCUUCAGGCAGUGUUCAGCAAGGAAGCGACGCCAAACCAGCCAAAGUAAAGGAUUUGCCACGACGACCCUUCUGGGGCUUCACCAGGAAAGUGGAACAAAGCAGCCGGCCUAAAACUGUUGGGCAACCAAGUGGAGAUGGGGGUUCAGGCAUAAACGGUGCGGACAACAAGACAGCCAGUGAAAAGGCUAUUCGCAUCUCGUUCAAGUAUCACGAGGGUUUCACCAAUGCCGUUCGACGACCAGUUCUUUUCUCGGAGCUCUUGUAA